GUGCGCAGGCGCGGGCGGAGGGCGGGCUGAAGCAGCUGAAGCGGCGGCAGCGGCGGCGGCUCGGGCAGAGGGGCGGGAGCUGAGGCGGGAGCGGACCGGCUGGUGGGCGAGUUUGAGGCGGCGGCAUGGUGGACUACCACGCGGCGAACCAGUCAUACCAGUACGGCCCCAGCAGCGCGGGCAAUGGCGCUGGCGGCGGGGGCAGCAUGGGCGACUACAUGGCUCAGGAGGACGACUGGGACCGGGACCUGCUGCUGGACCCGGCCUGGGAGAAGCAGCAGCGCAAGACCUUCACUGCGUGGUGCAACUCCCACCUGCGGAAGGCAGGCACACAGAUCGAGAACAUCGAUGAGGACUUCCGAGAUGGGCUCAAGCUCAUGCUGCUCCUGGAGGUCAUAUCAGGGGAGCGGUUACCUAAGCCGGAGCGGGGGAAGAUGAGAGUGCACAAAAUCAACAACGUGAACAAAGCGCUGGACUUUAUUGCCAGCAAAGGCGUCAAGCUGGUCUCCAUCGGGGCGGAAGAGAUUGUGGACGGCAAUGCAAAGAUGACCCUGGGAAUGAUCUGGACCAUCAUCCUUAGGUUCGCCAUCCAGGACAUCUCCGUGGAAGAGACUUCGGCCAAGGAAGGGCUCCUUCUCUGGUGCCAGAGAAAGACAGCCCCAUAUAAGAACGUCAAUGUGCAGAACUUCCACAUCAGCUGGAAGGAUGGUCUUGCCUUCAACGCUCUGAUCCACCGGCACAGACCAGAGCUGAUUGAGUAUGACAAGCUGAGGAAGGACGACCCUGUCACCAACCUGAACAAUGCCUUCGAAGUGGCCGAGAAAUACCUCGAUAUCCCCAAAAUGCUGGAUGCAGAGGACAUCGUGAACACGGCCCGGCCCGACGAGAAGGCCAUAAUGACCUAUGUGUCCAGCUUCUACCAUGCGUUUUCGGGAGCGCAGAAGGCUGAAACUGCUGCCAACCGGAUCUGCAAGGUGCUGGCGGUCAACCAGGAGAAUGAGCACCUGAUGGAGGACUAUGAGAAGCUGGCCAGCGAUCUCCUGGAGUGGAUCCGACGCACCAUCCCCUGGCUGGAGGACCGUGUGCCCCAAAAGACCAUCCAGGAGAUGCAGCAGAAGCUGGAGGACUUCCGAGACUACCGGCGUGUGCACAAGCCACCCAAGGUGCAGGAGAAGUGCCAGCUGGAGAUCAACUUCAACACGCUGCAGACCAAGCUGCGCCUCAGCAACCGGCCGGCCUUCAUGCCCUCCGAGGGCAAGAUGGUCUCGGACAUCAACAACGGCUGGCAGCACUUGGAGCAGGCUGAGAAGGGCUACGAGGAGUGGCUGCUGAAUGAGAUCCGCAGGCUGGAGCGGCUCGACCACCUGGCAGAGAAGUUCCGGCAGAAGGCCUCCAUCCACGAGGCCUGGACUGAUGGGAAGGAAGCCAUGCUGAAACACCGGGACUACGAGACGGCCACGCUGUCGGACAUCAAAGCCCUCAUCCGCAAGCACGAGGCCUUCGAGAGUGACCUGGCUGCACACCAGGACCGCGUGGAGCAGAUAGCGGCCAUCGCUCAGGAGCUCAACGAGCUGGAUUACUAUGACUCCCACAAUGUCAACACCCGGUGCCAGAAGAUCUGCGACCAGUGGGAUGCCCUUGGCUCUCUGACCCACAGUCGCAGGGAAGCCCUGGAGAAAACAGAGAAGCAGCUGGAGGCCAUCGACCAGCUGCACCUGGAGUAUGCCAAGCGCGCAGCCCCCUUCAACAACUGGAUGGAGAGCGCCAUGGAGGACCUCCAGGACAUGUUCAUCGUCCACACCAUCGAGGAGAUUGAGGGCCUGAUCUCAGCCCACGACCAGUUCAAGUCCACGCUGCCGGACGCCGACAGGGAGCGCGAGGCCAUCCUGGCCAUCCACAAGGAGGCCCAGAGGAUUGCUGAGAGCAACCACAUCAAGCUGUCGGGCAGCAACCCCUAUACCACCGUCACCCCGCAGAUCAUCAACUCCAAGUGGGAGAAGGUACAGCAGCUGGUGCCAAAGCGGGACCAUGCCCUCCUGGAGGAGCAGAGCAAGCAGCAGUCUAACGAGCAUCUGCGCCGCCAGUUCGCCAGCCAGGCCAACGUCGUAGGGCCCUGGAUCCAGACCAAGAUGGAGGAGAUCGGGCGCAUCUCCAUUGAGAUGAACGGGACCCUGGAGGACCAGCUGAGCCACCUGAAGCAGUACGAGCGCAGCAUCGUGGACUACAAGCCCAACCUGGACCUGCUAGAGCAGCAGCACCAGCUCAUCCAGGAGGCCCUCAUCUUCGACAACAAGCACACCAACUACACCAUGGAGCACAUCCGCGUGGGCUGGGAGCAGCUGCUCACCACCAUCGCCCGCACCAUCAACGAGGUGGAGAACCAAAUCCUCACCCGCGACGCCAAGGGCAUCAGCCAGGAGCAGAUGCAGGAGUUCCGGGCGUCCUUCAACCACUUUGACAAGAAGCAGACAGGCAGCAUGGACUCCGAUGACUUCAGGGCUCUGCUUAUCUCCACAGGAUACAGCCUGGGUGACGCUGAGUUCAACCGCAUCAUGAGCCUGGUCGACCCCAACCACAGCGGCCUUGUGACCUUCCAAGCCUUCAUCGACUUCAUGUCUCGAGAGACCACCGACACGGACACGGCCGACCAGGUCAUCGCCUCCUUCAAGGUCCUGGCAGGGGACAAGGUGAGACCCCAUGAGGCACAUGGGGGCUGGCAAGAGGGGUCCCUGCAUGGGGAGGGGCUGAGGGAGCCAGUAUGUGGGUGGGGAUGGCUCAGAGUCCCAUCCUGCCGAUCCCAGAACUUCAUCACAGCCGAGGAACUGCGGAGAGAGCUGCCCCCCGACCAGGCCGAGUACUGUAUUGCCCGCAUGGCACCCUACCAGGGCCCUGAUGCCGUGCCCGGUGCCCUCGACUACAAGUCCUUCUCCACCGCCCUGUAUGGCGAGAGCGACCUGUGAGGCCCCCGAGACCCAGACCAAACACCCCCCCACGGCCUCCAGGAGGGGCCGCGGAAGCCCCACAGUCCUGUCCCUCCACUCUAUCUAUGCAAAGCACUCUGCAGUCCUCCAGCGUGGGUGGGUGGCCAGGGAGGGGCUGAGGCAGGCUCUCUCUCUGGUUUGGCCAGGAGGUUCCCCAGACCAGGUGGGGCCUGGGAGACUUGGGGCUUGUGCUUUUUAAACCAUCGUGGAGGGGCCACUGGAUUCCCACAACAAAACCAGUCCCCUCCAUGCCCUGGGAAUGCCCCACCACACCCAGGUCUCUUUCUUUGCCCCUGAGGUCCCUUCAAGGCCUCCCCCAUCCAGGCCAAAGCCCCAUGUGCCUUGUCCAGGAACUGCCUGGGGCCAGCAGAGGGCGCCACCACCCGACAGCUGGGUCCCCACCCAGCCCCUCUCCACUCCCUGCUCCAUACUCACUUGCCAUUGCCAGGAGAUGGGGGCCCCACCCAGCUCCCUGCUUUCACAGCAGAGGAGCUGGAUUAGCAGACGGGGCCCCUCCGAAUCCCACCAGCCCCAGCCUUGCUUUGUCUGGCCUCACAUGUCUCCGAUUUUCUAAGGACCAAAAAAAAAAAAAAAAAAAAAAAAAAAAAAACACAAAACAACAAAAACCAAAAAAAAAACCACAAAACCAUAAAACUAAAAAAAAUUUCAGAGAAUUACUAUUUACUUUAUUAACUUACGGAUUUAUUAUAUAAAUAUAUAUUCACCUAGCAACAUAUCUCUGCCGUCUCUCCUGCUCUUGCAAUGAAGACAUAGCCCAUCCCCUCCCUGACGUUCCUCUGGGUCUGCGUUGGGCAUGGGGCUCUGGGGACCCUCCGGAGGUGGAGGUGGGCUGCUGGCGUGGCUGCCUGGUGGUUGAUGGUUUUGCUCCCUCUACCUUUUUUUUUUUUUUUUUUUUUUUUUGAGUUUAUUCUGAUGAUUGAUUUUUUUCCCUCGGUUUCUGGAUAAACCACCCUCUGGGGACAGGAUAAUAAAACAUGUAAUAUUUUUCA